ACUUGGACAACUGCUCAUCCUCACUUCAACAUCCUGCUCUCCAUGUGCAGCCCGUGCGCCCUGAUGUGUGGCCGAUUUCUUUCCUCCCAGGCUGCUGCACAGCUGCUGCUUCUUUAAGAGCCACCGCCCGCCCCCUCUCCUGUAUUUUUAGCUGAGCCAGCCACUUCAUUUGCUGGAUAAGACAGACAGUUGUGUACCGUAUGAUCUUACUUAAUCGUUUUAAUUAAUCAAAUCUUACACUGCGGAUUUGGCGAGGGUCUAUGCCAGCUGUUCUCUGGAAAUGUCGCUCAGGCUGGACAUUUGUCCCGCCGCUGUCAGAUGCUGAAACGCGCAAUCAGCCUGUGGAUGCUUGAUGUCCAUUAUGAAACGCAAUGCUGCACUGGGUACCGAGCAUCAGGCGCUGCGUUUCUCACAUCAAAUGAAUCACAAGAAAUCAAUUUAGCUGCAAAAUUCUCCUGUGGUGCGGACGGUUCACAGUGGUCCAGCAUCUUUCUCCUCAGCCUCCUGCCUCCGGUCUUCUCUUGGAUUGUGGGUAACAAGAAGCCUUCAAGACGGAGGGGGUGGUGGAGCAUCGAGGAAAACAUAGGGGCAACAUGAGAGAGCGGGACUUUAUGCCCAAUAUGGAGAGGGGCAAACCUGCUACUUACACGGGGGACAAAAAGGCUAAGAUGGCUGCUAAGACGAACAAGAAGUGGGUGAGACUAGCCACUGUUUUUGCAUAUGUAUUGUCCGUGUCCUUAGCAGCCAUUAUCCUGGCAAUUUACUACAGCCUGAUCUGGAAACCGACCAGUGCGUCCUCUUCUGCGGGGAAGCCGGGAGUGCCCGAGGAGGUCACCCCCACCGCGAACAUCUCAACUAACAUUUCGUUAAGCAGCAAUGUUACAGAGUGGAACUCUACACAGACUGGGUUGCUGACUGUGAACCAGAGCAGGCUGGGUAUGGCCACCCCGCACAGUGCGCCGUCUCAGUGGGGUGAGCGAGCACAGAGUGUGGCCGGGUCUCCGCGCUUUGCUGGAGCUGAAACUGCGCACACGCAACAGCAGCAGCAGCAGCAUCAGCAUGAGGAUGGACUGUACGCGACUUCCCACGGUCACACAAGUGCGGAGAGAUCGGGGACACAGGCGCAAGAGUUUCAACCCGGUGUGAGCCACUUUUCUCAGUCUACGAACAGGGAGUCUGGAGAGGAGGAGGAGGAGGAGGAGGGGGACAUGGAGGAGGAGAAGAGAGGGGCGCCCAGACGGAGUGACGGGGACCAACGCGACACAGAUGCAGCGACCGGUCCUCCAUCCUCCGCACCGGGCCUGAGAGGGGACUGAUUAGGCCUCCUGCACACACACAUACACACACAUGCACACGCACACACGCAGACACACACCUUCUAAACACACACUUCCCCAAUAAGGAGUGUUUUGGAGACUAGAUACCGCAGGUCGGAUAACACGCAGGUCCUCUUCUUGGAACUGAUUUCGCAGAGCUUCUUAUGGAUGCUGAACUUCACAUGUUCACGAAAAUCUACAGACUAUGACUCAAAAUGAGGAGACCUUGCUUCUUCACUGUUCCCUCUUCAAUACUAACUAUGCGUUUUUUGUUUUUAUUUUUGUUUUAGGCCAUCUGUAUGCCUUAAAUUCAAUGUGUGUCUACUCUACUCCUCGGACAGUUUCUGAGGCCAAUAACCUGCCUGUACCUGUGGACGACACUGGCAUAGAUAUUUUGUUGAAUUUUAGGACACAGCCCCCCAGAGAUGCUUUUGUUCUUGCGGGAUAUAAAACAGGCACCCAGUGCUUAACAUCACUGCCAUUCAUCGGCUGGUCUAAAUCAGUUCUGCAUUAUUGCAUUUGUAACAUAUAGGCUGUGUUUUUCUGUCAUGGAUCAGACCUGGAUUCCAAGUAGAAGAACCUGCAUUAUUGAGUUUUGCUCAGGUAUGUGCAUAUAACCAUGUAAAUGUACUGUGAUUUGGUUAUGUACAUAUAGGGCAGGCAUAGCUGACAUCUUUUUGGCCUAUAGAUGAAUUCCUAGUGUAAUUAGAUGAUUUUUAUUAAAGGUGCAGUAUGUAUAAUAUAAGUAUAACAAUAUAACAAGGUACAAAUAAACAUCCUUAGAAAAUGAUUCAUUUUUAUGGUUUUGUAAUAGAUCUAUGUAAAUCAUAAAUUAGCUGCUGAUAUUAACCUAUAUAUUCAUAAUAUUUUAUUUAUUCAGAGCGAGAAUGGAUGAUAUAUAUUCAAAUAAAUGCUAGGUUUUUUCCUAACAUCUUACAUUUUGUUUCAAGAAUGAGACAAUGGAUGAUUUUGGUGGUUCAUUUCUGCUAAACUGAGUAAAAAUAUAAAGAAAAAAAAUCCACAUUUUUUGAUUAAAAGAGAUUGGCUUAUUUGAAAUGAUAAUUGUAACCCUGACGCAACAGAACACGUUGAAUUUACGGUUGCUCUUGUGUUCUGGAUGUUCAACAAAUUACAUCAGGGGACACUUUAAUUACCUGAGUGACCCGUCCUGUGUGUCUCAACCCUCGUGGGAAGAGAAGCAUUCAUCUCCCAGUCUGCUACAGUUCAGCUGCAGUUCUCACUGAAACCUCUUCAUACAGUCACAUGUGGUGAACUAUGAAGUGGAAAUAAGACCAAGCACCCCGUGCGCUCUCUCAGCAGCAUGUGAGGGAGGCGUAUCGAUUUGAGAGCACCGCUGUUGCUCUGUACAAAACAAGAGAACACAUUACACAAUGCUGUUGGUGCUAUUUUGAUCCCACUCUCUCUCUCAAAGGGACUCGCUUUGCUUGAAAGGUUUGGUUUUGAAGCUGCCAGUGACAAGCACCGUUCACUAUCACUACGGAGAUGAAAGCACUUGGUUUCUGCUGAGCAGCCAGUGAUGUUGCUCUGUGAUGUAAACAUGGAUGACACGCACAGUUUUGUUGAUAUGACAGAUUUUCAGAUGUGAAGCCAAGGUAUGUGUCUGUGGAGCUAAACAGGAAGUCUAUUCAGCUGGGGAGAUAUCAUAAGACACAAAUAUCCCUCAUAGCUACAAUGUAAACCAUCUGUGCAGGAAAAAAUGUAAUCGCGAGUAUACAUAACACAGUGACAGGCCCGACAAUGCAACAGUGGCCUCUGUGUGGAGCGCAGCCCUGACAGAUGUGUUUCCACUGCUUCUUAUGGUUUCUUGUGACAAAUGAGAGGAGUAAUGAGCAACCUAUUGAUGAAGAAGUUCAUCAGUACUGACAGCCAUUACUGGAACUGCAUCAGGAACCUGCAUAUGACCUCCUGACUCUUGAACCCACUCAACCAAGUAUGAUUGUAUUAGCUUGUGGGAGUGAGUCAUCUGUUAAAUUUGAGCUCAGGAUAGGAUUUGAUCACAAAACCAGUUAAUGGGUCCAAUGGUUUCUUUUAAAAGAAAUAAAAAAAAACACAUAUUUACUAAUCAACUCAUUAAAAAGUGCUAUCUAAUUAUCUUAGCUGCUUACUGAACCAUUUUUACUCAGUGGUGACAACUGCAGCUGUUGAUUUGUCAGGAAAAAGGCAAAACAGUUGCUUUAUAAUCUCUGGCAGACAAUUUCACACUUAAGUGUCAUCGGAAGAAAGAAAGUGGUGUCUGGAUUAUUCACUGCCAACACAUUGGAGGAGUGAAUUAAAAUUGAAUGCCUUUAAGCAAUUUGAAUAUGCUCUAAGACACAAAGAAAGUGUUGUCCUAUUUAUAUUUUCAGCACAAUGAUAAAAAUCUGUUCAUUUUUGUUAAAAGUCUAAAGUCUUAAAAUGGGUAGGACUCUGUUGGCUCUCCCGAACUAGUUGGGAUGAUGAGAUCAGAACAUCCUCUUGUUUUUCAGUGGAUUAGAGUAGAUUUUUUUCUCAAGAGCUUGUCAUGUAGCUCAUAAAUUGAAGCAAAGAAAAAUGAACAGACCACAUUUGAUGCAAAGGGCAACUUCAAAGAGACUUCUCUUUCCUCAUCAGAUUUGACAUCAUUGGAGGUGAAACAUUGCACCAUGGAGACCUUUAAAACAAAGCUGGAGGAAACAAAAGCCUUCUGAUAAAAUCUUAUUCCAUUAUCACACCAACAGCAAAAGUUUGGAAGUAUGAGCAUGUUUUUGCUGUAUAGCUCAACAGGAUGGAGUCAGGAAACAAAGCUUUUACUGUUUAAAGGGCGAAAGUGUGAAGUUAUGCAAAAUAAGGAGAAAGUUGAACCAUGGUAUAAAAAGCUAGAGGGAAAAAAUGAGCUUGAUAUUCAUGCUGUAGCCUCACUUUUCUGAAAAAUAUUGACAUGUAUUUGGCAUGUUUUUUUUUGUUUUUUUUUGUGGUAAGGCUCAGUAAACUGUGUGUGGCACUGGGCAGAGGUUCAUGGUCAGACAGAUCUACCAUAAACUAUAAAACUCUUAAUCUCUA